CAUUGACCUCAACACAGGCGAUGUGCUGGAUCCGGUGCAGGAAGGCAUCUGGGACAACUACCGUGUGCUCCGGCAGCAGCUGCACUCGUGCUCGGUCAUUGCCACCAACCUGCUGCAUGUUGACGAGGUGAUGCGGGCCGGCAGGGCGUCGCUGAAGCCGCAGAACCCCGGAGAGUGAGGUGCACUCUACUCCCGAAAAGGAGUAUUAGGCUAAAAAUACGCUUUCUUUUCCAGACAAUAUCACCAUUAUUUGAGCUGCACGCUGUGGGAUGUGUCAUUCGCUUGCUGACCCAUGUACAGUGACGCUAUCCGAUGCAUGUCGGCUGAAGUGCCAGAAGAGACCCGGCCUUGGUAUUGCUGUUUUUGGGCGAGAGCUAUGGACAGGCAGAUCCCGCGCCAGAGAGAUCAAGCAGCAGUUGUCAAUUUUAUUUUCAGCAAGCACAGGGUUGUCAGCCCUUGUGGAUGUUUAUCUUUGGCACGCGGCGGUGGCAAUGCCAAGGUACGAGCACUGGCAUGGCUUUAACCAAGAGCAAGUCGCCCCCAAGAGCGCAGCAGUCUGGCCUAAAAAUACACAGCAUUCGCGAAUGCAGCCAGACUUCUUGCCAUGCCCACGUUGGCAGAGCGGGAUAUUCCGACGCGGUGCCCACUGUGCCUGAAGGGUGUUCGAUUUGAAAAGCCGAAGAUGCAUGCUCUGAGUCCACUUGGAUGCUAAUUAUAGUGUUUUGCAUCUCUCAUUCACCUCGCACUUGGCUCCGCCCAAUGGGAUUGUAUCGCUAAAAAUAACCGCCCCUCUCUCCCGCCACGAUAGAGGAUGGAAAAAUUGUUUGCCAAAAAAUAAUGCUCUUCGCUUUGUGUCUCUCCUUCCGCCUGCUAACCCGAACUUUUGUUUUAUCACUUCUCCCCC